AUGGAAAACCAUUCACAACAGCCCAUCGCAGGGCAGCAGCCACACCAAUCCGAGGAUGAGCGACUUUUCUCCGAAUUUGACAGCUACCCAUGGCAAGAAGACUCGGUGUUCCUGACUGGCUUAAUCGCUCUCCUCGGCGGCGUUGACAAGCUCCGCCCAGACCCGUCCCAUACCGACCUGGCUGUCCAUGCUCGCAUUUUCUACUACCAGCAAGCACGCAACGCACGGGUAGACUUUUCGGCCUACAAGCAAUGGGCUGCAGCAUCGACAGCCAGAAAUAGCACAGACACUGAGGUGCUUCCUGCUCUAUACUGGGCACGCGAACAAAUUUCAGCACUUGAUGGCAUACCACCAGCCAACGCGGUAGACGCGGUCGCGGCGGUCGCGCAACAGUAUGUGCCGCCUCCCCCAGACCCCGCUUGGCAGCAGGCGGCGCCGGCCCAACCAUUGCGCGUUUCCCACGCAUCUGUUGGUGGGGAUGGAGGCACUGGAGCCGCCCCUUACCCAGCCCACUUUGCCGAACUCAUCGCCGCGGUCCAGAACAACCAGCCGGUGCCUGGAGUGCGCGAGAUUCCGGAUACAGUUAUUCGAGAUUCCAACGUCAAGCCCGUUGGCAAAAUGACUGCACCAAAGAAGCCAUGGGAACUUGGAAGGACUUCAUCUACAGAAGCCCAAGGUGGUCAAGCUUUGCAGCACGACGCCACAGUCGAUCAGGACUUUCCUCCUAUUGAUGGACAGGCCCAGACACAAACUAGUGGCGGCCAGCCGUGA